AAAAUGAUCAGUCGUCAGUGGCUGGUGUGUAACAGCAUUUCUAUUUAUACUGACAAUGCAGGUGUAGUCUGGAUUUCGCUGCCUGUUAUUGUUUCAGUUUUGAAGUGUUACUAAUAGGAGGUAAAUGUAAACAUGUUAUGACAUGCUUUGCGCUGGGAAGAGUAUCAUUCACAAGCAUCUUUAUCAUACAUCACAGAUGUAUUUGUAUGUCGUCUGUGAUGGCAGCCCUUGAAAAUCGCCGUAGAGGCAUGCCUUGAUACAAGAGGCACUUGCCUUCAGAAUACGUGCCAUGUUGCAUUUGGAUCACACUGCAGAUGUACAAUUGCAUGCCUGGGGGGACAACUUGGAAGAAGCAUUUGAACAGUGUGCAAUGGCAAUGUUUGCUUACAUGACAGAAAUUGAAUAUGUGGAAAUGAAGGAAGCACAAGAAAUUGAAGCAACUGGUCAUGAUAUGCUGUCUCUGCUGUUCCACUUUUUGGAUGAAUUUCUUUUUCUAUUUUGUGCUGAACCAUUCUUUAUUGCAAGGAAAGUAAAAAUCCUUGAAUUUGAUCGAGCAAAUUUUCACAUUAAAGCUCGAGGAUAUGGUGAAGAAUUCCAACUAGGGAAGCAUCCACAGGGCACAGAAGUGAAAGCAAUUACCUAUUCAAACAUGCAGGUUCAUGAUAAUGAAGGACAGCAUGAAGUGUUUGUAAUUAUUGAUAUUUAAAAAAAAAUUGCAUCAAAGUGUACAAAACUUAGACUUAAGCACAUAGCUCAUUUUAUGAGCCAUUCUUAUGUACAGAACAGUGAUGUUACAGUGGUUUGUGUCACCUGCUCUUGUUUUGUACCACAUACUAUUUCAAUAUUAUCGUUUCUUCAUACAUGUGUCAGUUACACUUGCUUGUAGACAUGCCCUGUGAAUAAAAGCUUUUAUGUAAA